AUGGGCUCGGUGCCGGGCGCUCACUUGAGCUCUGGCGAGUUGAGCUCACUGACUUUUGUGGAAUGGGGUAGGGGCCCUACUGCCCCUGCAAGCUCUGAGAGGCUACUACAGCAGCACGGCAGGAAAGAUAAUAUCAGUCCGAUUUCUGGCUUGUUGUUUUGCACAACGUGGGACCCUCGAUCUAAGGCGCUAAUAUCUGCUCUUAGGUUGCUGGAGGAAGAGGCUCGACGGGCCCGUAGGGCUCUCCAUCUUUGCGAAAAUGGGCUGUUGCAGCUACCAGUGUACCCUCUAAUUGGAGUACGGAUAACCAAUAGCCUUGUUAUAGCAAGGAGUAGAAGGGCACUCACAAAACAGCGGCGGAUGGCAUGCAACAUGAAACAGCUACGCCACAAUGAAAGGGCCUUGAGAUUCAUGCUGCAGCAGCAACCGCCUCUGCAGCUAAAGGGGCUACCAGCACUCCAGCUGUACACCCAAAAGCAGCAAAUCCAGGAGCAAGGCAGCGCUGCUGCAUGCACGGUUCCGAUGCAGAAGCUACUUGAAAUUCGCUCUAUGGGGCCUCGAACUCUACAGCGAUUAGGGGAAGACGAAGGCGCCUUACUUGGAGCCUGGGGCCCGGAGACGCCUCCGAGCAACCCAUCAGCAGCAGCUGCCCUUGGGGCUUGGUUGCGGCGGCUGGGCCAGCUAUACGAGGAAGAGCUGAAGAUAGUGGUACAGAAGCGGCUUCAGCAAGCAGAGGACGAGUAUCCUAUCUACGCUUCUUACAGUCCGUAG